AUGGAUUUUAUUGUCACCCCUAUAUCCAAUCCAUAUUCUCAAGAUGUGAAACUAUAUAAGGAUGAAGCAUAUGUUAGAGAUCUGAAGGGACUAUCUGAACAAGUCAGAAAUGACUAUAUCAUAAGUUCUGAAGAGAAGCUAGAUUCCUGUCUGGCCCAAGAGGCAGCUGAAAAGGCGAAGAGAGAAACUAAGGUGAAAGCAGCAGUUGAAGCUGCUGCCAAGGAGGCAGCUGAGAAAGCUGAUGCAGAAGUUGCAACCAGGGAAAAUGCUGAAGCUGAAGCAGCCUUGGCCGCUGAAGCUGCACAAAAUGCUUCUGAAGAUGCUACGAAGACUUCAGAAGUUGCUCUAACUCAAAGAGGGUCAUCAACAACUGACUUGCUCCCUUAG